CUUCACUGGAGGAUUUCACACUUCACAUCCUCAGCAGCGACUGAUCAACAGGACGGAAAUGUAAAAGUAAGAUAAUGAGUGCAUUGAGUCCAGUCCAGAGGAACCUCAGUGAAGAGGAGGGCUCUGGAUCUGAUGCAGGGUCAGAGGUCAGUCUCGAGCCUGAGACCGACCGCUUUGGAUUUAUUCUGACCAAUGGAUCCACUGCUGGGAGUGUGGGCCCACCACCAGAGUUGGUCAGGCAGAGGGAGAACAAGUGGAUCAGCAUCAUUCUCCAGUGGGAUCGUAUAAUGUCCAAGAAGACCAGUAAGGUCAAAGAACAGUGUCAAAAAGGCAUCCCUGCCUCCCUGAGGGCAAAGUGCUGGCCUCUGCUGAGUGCAGCCACUGACAGGAUGAAACAAAAUAAAAACCUCUACAAGGUUCUGGACUCGCAGUCCGCUCUGCAGAGCUGGGUGGAUGUGAUUGAAAGAGACCUGGACCGACAGUUUCCAUUUCACGAAAUGUUCCUCUGCAAAGAUGGACACGGGCAGCAGGGUUUGUUCCGGGUGUUGAAAGCCUUCACUCAGUUCCAACCAGAGGAGGGUUACUGCCAGGCACAAGGGCCUGUAGCUGCAGUGCUGCUGAUGAACAUGCCUGCUGAGGAGGCCUUCUGGUGUUUGGUGCAGAUCAGUGAGCAGUACCUUCCGGGAUACUACAGCCCCCUGUUGGAGGGCGUCCUGUUUGAUGCCGGCAUGUUGACCUGGGUCUUGAGACGGACGUGUCCAGCUGCUCAUAAACACCUGCAGCACCACGAAGUGGAGCCCCUCAUGUACGCCACUGAUUGGCUUAUGUGUCUGUUCACACGCCACCUGCCAUUCAACACUCUGCUACGAGUCUGGGACCUGUUUUUCUGCUACGGGGUGCGGGUGCUGCUCCAGGUGGCCGUGGUGCUGGUUCGUCGUGUGCUGGGUCGGGCCGAACAGAGAAAGCAGUGUGACGGUCAGAUGGAGACUCUGGAGAGGCUGAGGGGCGUCAGGGAGCAGGUCCAAGAUGAAGACGAUGUCUUCAUAGCAGAGGUGUGCUCGGUGCCGUUGUCGUCCAGAGAUCUGGAGAAACAAACGGAGAAGGAGCUUGAAAAGUGGAGAAAAGACCGACCUUCGUCCACAUUUGACCCAAGAGGUCGCUGCCAGGGACACCAGGUGGCGUGGGCGAGGUCUCGGCAGAACCAGGAGGAUAGGGAUAGGAAAGAGCGACAGAAAGGCAACCUUUCUGUCCCCCUCUCUCGCUCGGCCUCUACUCUGACGCUGUCCCCUUCGCUGCUUCCUCAGAGGUUGGGGAAAGGCGGAAGUAAAGUUGUAAGGCAUCUUUCGCUGGGAGCAAAAGAUGACUGGAGAAGCCGCAAUUAUUUAAACUUUAAUAAGGUGCAGGACCUUCAGGAGGAGGUGGACGUGGAAGCAUGUAAAGAACAAAGUGAGGUGAAACUAACAGGACAAAGUAAGGAGAAAGAACUUUUAGAGGAACCAAAGGAGAUGGCUAAAAUCCUAAAUAUACUGACAGAGCACACAGAAGAAACAGAAACAGUAAAAAAAGAGAAUGACCGAGCUGAAACAGUAAUGACAGAAAUGGAAGAUAGUCAUCCUAAAGAGACAAAGGAUGAAAGAAUUGAGAGAGAAGAAACAAGUGUGGGGAUCGAACCAAACCAAAGUCCAGCCAAAGACCAGCCUGUCCAAAAUACUCUUCAGCUAAAUGAACAUACCUCUCACCAUAUACAGGAAGAGGAGCUGGGCUCUCACAGCCAAUCACAGACUCACAAAGGCCAAGACCAGGAAACUGAGGUCAAAGACAUGACGGAGGAGACCGAAGAAGAAGUUUCAGAAAGUGAACAUUUGGCUGCGGUGGAAAAAACCCAGAGUGAGACACAGAAUGUUACUGCAGAAGCUUUCACACACACGGAAAUGGAAGUACCCGCAGACCAAAGUGAGGAACAGAUGAUUCAGUUUGACAUGAAACCAGAGGAGGAGACAGAAAGUAAAAACAAUCAACAGCUGCAGGUGGACACGGUCAUCGAAGUCUCAGAAACAAGAACUGAGACAAUUCAAGGCUCGGAGUCGGAGGAAGAGGAGAUUUUCGCUGGCACAAAUCCAACAACAGAGGCUGAAACACAGGAGGAAGUGAUCACACAGGCAGACGAAGGCUCACAGGUUGAAGAGUUGGAAGAAAUCGAAGAAGAGUUCCACCCACCAACAGAGAAAGAAAGUGAGGAAAAGAUGGAGGAAAGUGCAGCGACAGAGGAUGAAUCAGAGAAUGAAGUAGAACAAAGCGAUUCAAGGACAGACACAGAAGCAGAAACCUUAAUCCUGACGUUACCUGAAUGCAUCCAAGAACAACAGGACAAGGAUGUAGUAGCUGACACAGAAACUGUAAUAACAGUUACAGAAAACACAGUGACAGAGUCAAGUGAAGCUUUUGCCCACUGUUCAGAGGAAGAGGCUAAUCAGGCAACAUUCGAACCCACGCAGGAAAAAGACCAAAUCACUUUGACUGUGCACUCAGAGGCCCAGGUUGUUGAUGAUCAAACACAAGCAAGGGAAAUACAAACUGAAACUCAGAAAAACAUGGAGACUAAUGACUCUGUCACAUCUACGGUGUUGGAGGAGAUUUUAAAGCAGGUUGAAGCAGUGACUCUCACUGCCGAGCCGGACGGGAAAAUAAGUUCAGUGGAAACAAUUGUCUCUGAGGAGCCUGUCCCCGAAGAACCGACAAGCCGGGUUACUAUGGGUCCUUCAGAGGAGAAAGAAAAAGAGGAGAACGUCUUUAUUUCUCCUCCUAACGUGACAGACAAUUUAGACAUAGACAGUAACUCACAGACACACAAUAAAAGUGAUUUUCCGACCGAGCCGAAUAACGGUGGCCUGACACAAGCCUCUGGGCGCCGCAGUAGCCGGUCUUCAGGUGAUUUCUGUGUCCGCAAGUCUGCCAGCUCCCAUGGGUCCAGGUUGGCACGUAAGCUCUCCACAGAACUCUUCACUGCUCCACAGAAAACGAGUCAACCACAACCUGUCCCUUAUCACGCAGAAGUUAAACACACUGAAUCACAGCCCAAUCCUAGAGCAGUUAACCCGACCCACACUUCCCCUGAUGUGACUCAGUCUGCUGAAGUCACCUCAACAUCGUCUGUGACAAAGAGGACGGCGAAAGAGCAGGAGCCGGCUGCCACCCCUAAACGAUUGGGUUUCUUCCGCCGACUGAGAGGAGAGCAGUCCAAAAAGACAAAGGAAAAAGGCGCACAGAAAAUGCAAGUCCCCAAAAUCUUGAUUCAGGACUUCAGUGAUGGAACCGGGGUGGGGAAAGUGGUUCAGGAAGAAGGCGAGGAGACACUUAGUUCCAGAGAGAGACGGAAGAUACGGCGGCAGCGAGAGAGAAGGGACAAAGAGGAAGAGAGGGCGAGAAAGAAGAAGGAAAAGGAGAUGGAGAAGGAGCGAGAGAAGAGGAAACCGCAGACGAGGGGUAAAAGUUUUCAAGUGCAAAAGGAGAAAGGUAGACAUGAUCCCGAACAACUUGCAAAGACUGGCUCACAGACACUGCGAUAUUCUGCGUCUCACACUGAAACUUACUUUUAACAAACGUUUGUAAUAGUGACUGGAGGGAUACGAUUUUUAAGUUGUCUGCAUGAAGAUUAAAGCGGCAUUUGGCCAAUGCCAUAUUUUUGCAUAACCUUACAACUAUGUAUUCCAGAUCUCAUCCUUCCUGGUUAGAGAAGGAAACAUUCACCUCACCCUUAAUCUUUGGAGCAUAUAAACCUUUUAUCGUGAAAAUAAAUAAUAAAUGAUGUUGACAUAA